CGGUGAUCAACCCCUCUGUCGACCAAAUCCCGUGAGCAGCUUGGCCUCUCCUCGUGCUGGUCUUGGCCUUUCGCCUGACGUACUCUGACGCUUCUAAACGCUUCUACUUCUCUGUACAUAUAUAAACCAGUCUGCCUAUAUAUAACGUCGCCAUGAUCAAGACUUCAGUUGCCAUCGCUGCUCUCAGCGCUGGAGGAGGCGCCGCUCUCACCGCCGCUCUCUACUCUCUGCGUCCCAGCAAAGACAAGUUGGCAGACAUGCAACCCACGCUCGCUCCCUCUUCUUCUUCCCUCUCCUCCACAGCAAUCGCCUCUUCCUCGACUGCCGUCGCCACAAUCCCGGCCAGCCAAGUCUUUGGGGCUCCGGGCGCUCCCUCAUCAUCGCCCCUGGGCUCUGCGCCCGUCAACCCAGGCGGCCUGUUCGAAUAUGGCUUCCCGGGCCCCGUCUCCGACAUCGCCAGCCGUGCCGCCCUCAUCUCGAGCUACGACCGGCGCACGCGCAACCCCCACUGGGUCGUCGAGCACAUCACCCCCGAGUCUCUCGCCAAGCGCGACGGCGACCGCAAGAACAGCCAAUUCCUCGAGGACACCGCCGUGCCCGCAAAGUUCCGCGCCCUGCUCAAGGACUACUACCGCAGCGGCUACGAUAGGGGCCAUCAGGUGCCGGCCGCAGACGCAAAAUGGUCGCAGGCAGCCAUGGACGAGACGUUUUACCUGACCAACAUGAGCCCCCAGGUCGGCGAGGGCUUCAACCGCGACUACUGGGCACACUUUGAGGACUUUUGCCGCCGCCUGACGCAAAGAUACCCCUCGGUGCGCAUCGUCACGGGGCCCCUGUAUCUGCCCAAGAAAGACCCCGUCGACAACAAGUGGUAUGUCAAGUACGAGAUGAUUGGCACUCCGCCCUCUGUCGCCGUGCCCACGCACUUCUACAAGGUCAUCUUCGCCGAGGACGGCCGGGUCGGCGGCAACGUCGCUAUUGGUGCCUUUGUCCUGCCCAACGCCCCCAUCGACAACGCCAAGCCCAUCACCGACUUCGAGGUCCCCGUCGAGGCUGUGGAGCGCGCCAGUGGCCUCGAGUUCGCCAACCAGCUGCCCAUGCAGCGGAGAAGGAGGCUCUGCGCCGACACCACCUGCUCCCUGAUCAUCAAGGACUACAACGAGAGGCAAAAGUCCUUUGCAAAGGGACGGUCGUCUUCUGCGUGAGGCUCUUGACGUUGCGAGGGAGACGAGAUAGCCUGGCUACAUCUUGGUGGAACUGGCCGUUCUGUGUAUCCGAAGCUGAAAUUGAUUGCGCACUUUAUCACCACCUACCACACCAUCUUCUCUUUUGUUACCGCCACGCCACGACAUGUGCGACUAUAGAUCUGACGUUUUGCUUUUUAUCAUCGGCAUCUACAAUGCCAUACGAGAGCGACAUGUUCGAUAUUUAUGCCACUCACAUGCAUUUUCUCAUUGCCACCUUUACCUUUCAAAUAGACAUAGGCAACCAGCAACAUCACACAGCACACAGCACAGCAUCACAUGUACUUUAUAUACUAUUAGCCCCCAUCAGAUAGAAAUCAGAUUUGAAAUGUCCCCUUG